AUCACCAUUCCUCAAAGCUAUAAGAAUCAUCUCCUCUUCACAUCUCUCUUCAUUCCUCUCUUCCUAGUCUUCCCUUCCAAAACCCAAAAAUCCUCUCCUCUCUUCACACCUCUAUCCAUUCUUCUCUCCCUAUUCUUCCCUCUCUUUCUGGGUUUUUCUUAUAUAAUUAGAAUCUUGAGAGAGAAAGUGAGAAUUUUGAGAGAAAUAGAAAAAAGAUACUACUUGGGUUCUGUGCAAAUUUGGAUUUUUUAGAGUCCUAUUUGGGUUCCUGCUUAAAUCUGGAUAAUUGAGUGAGAUAGUGAAGAAUCUUUAAUGGGUUUUACUUCUAUUUCUAGAAUCUUGAGAGAUGAAGGAGGAGAAAACACAGAAUUCAUAAACAAUCCCGACUAUGGUAACCCCUUUAAGCAGUCCACUGCUGCUGCUAUCGGCGGACAGAUCUUAGUCGUGGCGAUCCUGGUCCUCUUCCUGACCAUCGUCUUCAUCCUCUGCCUCUAUCUCUACGCCAAGUUCUUUUCGCGUCGCAGGGAUGGCCGCUCUCGGAGCCGCAACGGGCUCAUCUUUGCCCCUGAUUUUGUUCCUGCUGUACGCCGGGGUCUCGAGCCUUCUGUAAUCCAAUCCAUCCCUGUUGUGCUCUUCAGUCCCAAUGAAUUCAAGGAUGGCUUGGAAUGUGCUGUCUGCCUCUGCGAAUUGUCUGAUGGUGAGAAGGCUCGGUUGCUCCCCAAGUGCAACCAUGGCUUCCAUGUGGAUUGCAUUGAUAUGUGGUUCCAUUCGCAUUCGACUUGUCCGUUGUGUAGAAAUCCGGUAGCACCUGAAUCAACAGGCCCUGUAUCUACAGACCCAAGGCCAGGCAGACCAGAAAUUCAGAUUCCUGUGACCAAUCAAGAAACCAUGAAUUUCCCAACAAACGUUCUGUUUUGGGGUACUCAGGAUGAUGUCAGUACUGGUAGUUCUAGUUCGGAAGAAGAGGUCUCUUCUUCAACUAAGUCGGAGGGAAAUGGAAUGUUGGUGAUCGAUAUACCGAGACGAUUGACGGAGAGCUUUUCAUCAUCAUCCAUUCAGCUUCCGGAGGGGGAGACGAGCUCUCCAACACUUGCUCGGUUAAGGUCGCUAAAGAGACUUUUGAGUAGAGGGAAGAGGGCUAUUCUUCCUAGUCCCAGAGGUGGUGACAUUGAGCAGGGAGUGGCGGGCGGAGAGGUUGUUCAGAGUACGAAAACUCCCUUGGAUUCAUGAAGAUAUUACAUAAUCGUUGGUCAAGGUUGAAAACGAAUGGAUUCUGGCAAAUGGGUUUCUGUCAGUUGAUGUAUAUUUGGUAGAGUGGUCGGUUCUUCGUCUUCUUCUUCUUCUUCUGAUAUGUAUUGGUUUUUUCCCGAUCAUCGGAAGUGUGUGAUUUUGCUCUUCUUUCCUUCUACUUCUGUGUCAUAUUCUUUGAUUCAUUGACAGUGAUGGAGACUGAGGUCCCAGCUGUUAGUUGAUAUUUAUAUUAACACACCUUCUUCGGCCACUCAUGAAUAAAUAUUGUAUAGAAAGCAGCAGUUUUGCUGUGGAAUGGAAAAUUCUUACUCUCUAUAAAAUUGUCAUGGA